AUGUCGAACUCUGGGGGAAGAUUUGCACCUUACAGAAAUGCCCUCACCGCGGUGUCUGGGAGGACAGGAACACCGCUACCUUCUCUCAUAAUCUCCUUUGCCAUCCUUCAUGAGUUGACUGCCAUCGUUCCCAUCGUGGGCAUUUUUUACACGGCACGCAGUCUAAACGCAGGUGAACGGGCUGUCAAUGCUGUUGCUCUCAAACGGGAUGGCUCUAUCGACGACCAGUAUUGGGUGAACGCUCGGCUGAGAUCGUGGGUUGAUGAGGGCGAGCAAUGGGCUGGUCGCGUUGGACGUCGAUAUGGCAUCUUCGGCUUUGAGAAAGGCAAGGUUGUUGACCAGACCCAGACGAGCGAGUUGUCUGGUAAGCUAGCGGGGGACGUUGCUAAUGCGGUUCUGGCUUACGGUGCAGUCAAGUCAAAUUGGCUCUUCAAAGACUUGUUCCACCUUUGGCGAUGCCUCAUUCCCUGGGGAGAGCGCUUCUAUCUCGUCCUAGUGUUUCGUGCUACAUGCGAUUUCAGCGGAGCACACCUGGAUGGUUUAGGUACAUGUCCCACCUUCAGGCUAUAGCCUGCUAUCAUAUCUUAUUAGAAC